CUUGACGUUUACAGCAAGGUCGAUCGGUGGUGGCUCUGCGUGUCAUGUCUGUCCACUGGCUUCCAGUUCCACCUCAUGUCAGAAACGUGGUUCCGCUGUCAGCAUACAACGGACAUGAAAACCAUAUAAGAAGGAGCUCGUAGCGAGUGCGCGCCUGUGUUGUCAGUACAUUUAACAUUUUAGCUUUUUUUGCGGAACGUUGUAAACACAGCUAGCUGACAGGAGCUAGCUCAGCUCCUCACAGGUAUAAAUGAGCUCCGCUCCAAAUCAAACAGUUGGGGGGGACACGGGGCUGUCCAGCAAACCCGUCCCUGCUGCCUCGUUAGUUGGUCAUGUCCAACAUCUUUUUAGCCACGUAAAGAUAGAAAACCUGUUCGCAGGACUCAGCGGGGGUGUGGUGUCCACACUGGUGCUUCAUCCUCUGGACCUGGUCAAAAUCAGGUUUGCAGUAAGUGAUGGCUUGGAUUUACGACCCAAGUACAGUGGAAUGGUGCACUGUAUGAAGAGUGUCUGGCAGCAGGAGGGGCUGAGAGGACUGUACCAAGGAGUGACGCCCAAUGUUUGGGGUGCUGGAGCAUCUUGGGGUCUCUACUUUUUGUUCUACAAUGCAAUCAAAGGGUACAAAAACGAGGGCCGCCAAACUGCACUGAGUGCCACGGAACACCUGGUUUCAGCAGCUGAAGCAGGCAUGCUUACUCUCACCAUAACCAACCCAAUUUGGGUUACCAAGACUCGACUGGUGCUUCAGUACAAUGCUGACCCAACCAGUAAACAGUACACAGGGAUGGUGGAUGCUCUGGUCAAGAUCUACCGUCAUGAGGGAAUUCACGGACUCUACAAGGGUUAUGUUCCUGGCCUGUUUGGCACAUCCCAUGGAGCGCUGCAAUUCAUGGCCUAUGAGGAGCUCAAGAGAGACUACAACAGAUACAAGAAAGCGCCUUCAGAUGCAAAGCUGAAUGCAUUGGAAUACAUCUCAAUGGCAGCAUUAUCCAAAAUAUUUGCUGUGGCAACAACAUACCCAUAUCAGGUGGUGCGUGCCCGCCUGCAAGAUCAGCAUAAUAGAUACAACGGUGUUAUGGAUGUCAUAAGACGCACAUGGAGGAAUGAAGGCGCCAUUGGCUUCUACAAAGGCAUCAUCCCCAAUGUGAUUCGUGUCACUCCUGCCUGCUGCAUCACGUUUGUAGUUUAUGAGAAUGUGUCUCGAUUACUUUUGGGAUAAAAAAGAACAAGGCUCAAAUAAAGGGCACUGGACAGUGUCAAAGACUCCAGGGUCACAUUUCCAAUGUUGGUGCCACUUCAAGAUACAACAAAAAAAUAAUAAUAAUCAUUCUAACUCUGAACUAUCACAGUACAUGCAAAUGAGCCAGUGUGAGAUGAAUUCAUGUGCCCAUAAUGAAUGGAUCGGGGAAAAAGAAGCCGAAUUUGAAUUUUAUUUUCCAUACAAAUACAAAAGUGUGUUGUUGUUUGCCUCAAUGGACAUACUGUUAUGUGUUGGAUAGCCUCCGUUUUAAAACAAGAUAAAUGAAAUAUUUAACAAUAUAGUUAUGUUUACUUAUCUCGGGAAUGCACCAUUGUUGUUUUCCUGUGCUAAAUUAUUUCUUAAUGUGUAAAGCAAAAUAAAUAAUGUGCUGUUUCAUUUUUACACACCGACAUUUGUAUCUUUAUACAAUUUGUAACUUUUGCUUUUUUGUUAUAAAAUACAAACUGCUUUGUCUCCA